AUUAUAUCUACCUAAUUAUUUCUAUACUCAUUAAAUCUCAUUAAUUAUGGCUUCGAAACAAACACUUAUUUUCGUUUUAGUCUUGGUCUGUGUCAUGGCAGCCACUGAAGCUCAGCUUGGUCUCAUUGGUGGUCUUCUUGGUUUGAUCCGUAUUCAAGGGACUCUCUUUUGCACUCUCAAUGGUAAUAUUGGCAAUGGCACAGCCACCCCGGCUUUUCCCAAUGCUAACGUACAGUUGCUAUGCGGCCAAAACAACAGGAUGAUAGCAAGUGCAACAACUAAUGCAUUUGGAAUAUUUUCAAUUGUGUUAGAUCCUCUUCAAUUCCUGGUUUCAUCAGUUUUAAACGGCUGCAAUCUCAAAGUUGACACUCCGUUAUCUACAUGUAACCCUAAUCUUCCAUCACUUGGAGUUCUGCAGUCACCAUUACAGCUCGUCGGAAACACAGUCGCCGGUGCUCUCAGUGUUACAAACAUCAUCCCUCGAGGCUUCAACUUUCUCGGAAUAUGACACCAUUUUGAUUAUCGGCUAAUUAAUGAUUGUUUAUUACUAAUUAAUUAAUUAUCAGUUUGACCAUUUCUGUUUCAUUUUAUUAUAUGAAUAAGGUCAGUUUGCUGUUAAUUAGUAUUGUAUCGUAUUUCCUUUGAAUGCUUUCUCUAUCAAGGGUAGAUUUGUAUUAUGUUUAUUUUGAAUUUUCUGGCUUGUUAUUGUGAAAUAAAGGUAAUUGGAAAUUAAUUUCUUGCAA